GAAGAGAAAUCGGAGCAAAGCGAAGCAGAUCUGUUUGCAGAGCUUCUGAAGGAGGAGCUUGCCCCAGGCAACAAGCACGGAUGGCAAAUCAAGAGUGACUGGCCAAAGAGCUACGACAAGAAGCAGUUCAUGAUGCGCGUGUCCUUGCGAGAUCACCAUGAAACAGGCAAUCCGAACAAGCUCCUCCGCGGCGAUGGCAAGUACAAGGGCGUGACGCCGGAGGAUUUCUUAGGUUUCCUUCU